AUGUUGUACUCCGCCUCCAUCGCCGAUCUGUGCCACCUCCUCAGAAGCGGAGUAGCGGCCAUAUUUGGUCCUCAAUCUGCUCAUACUGCUAGUCAUGUGCAGUCAAUAUGUGACACAAUGGAAAUCCCUCAUCUAGAAACGCGUUGGGAUUAUAGGCUUCGCAGGGAAAGUUGUCUAGUCAACCUGUACCCGCAUCCCAAAACGCUAUCAAAGGCUUACGUUGAUUUGGUGAGAGCUUGGGGUUGGAAAUCUUUUACGAUCAUUUAUGAAAGUAACGAGGGUUUGGUACGACUCCAGGAGUUAUUAAAGGCUCACGGACCUUACGAGUUUCCGAUUACAGUGCGGCAAUUGGGAGAGGGCCCGGAUUAUCGGCCCCUUCUGAAACAAAUCAAGAACUCGGCCGAGUCUCACAUCGUCUUAGACUGCUCAACCGAGAAAAUUUACGAUGUUUUGAAGCAGGCCCAGCAAAUUGGAAUGAUGAGUGAUUACCACAGCUACCUAAUAACCUCUUUGGAUUUACACGGAGUUGACUUGGAAGAGUUUAAAUACGGUGGAACCAACAUCACAGCGUUUCGGUUGGUCGACCCUGAGGGUCCUCAAGUUCGAAAAAUUGUACGUGACUGGACUUUCAGUGCCGGAGAUAUGCGGAGUAAAAAGGGGGAUCACACAAUUUUGGACAAUAACACAUUUGUCAAGGCAGAGACCGCGCUAAUGUACGACGCCGUUCAUUUAUUUGCGAAAGCUUUGCACGACUUGGACACCAGCCAACAAAUAGACAUAAAACCACUGAGCUGCGAUGCCGUUGAUACCUGGCCCCACGGAUACAGUCUUAUUAAUUAUAUGAAAAUCGUAGAAAUGCGGGGUUUAACUGGCGUCAUCAAGUUCGAUCAUCAAGGCUUCAGAAGCGAUUUCACAUUGGACAUAGUUGAGUUGAGCCGGGAAGGAUUGAAAAAAAUUGGCACAUGGAACGCAAGUGCCGGCGUUAAUUUUACCAGGACUUAUGGAGAGGCAUAUACGCAGAUAGUGGAAAUCUUACAAAAUAAGACUUUUGUGGUGACGACAAUUUUGGUAAGUAAUUAUAGAAAACGGCGGAAAACAUUUAUUGAAACCCGAACCGAUUAUACCGUGCCCGGACAUGAAAUUAUAUACCAAGAGGCAAGACUGUUAUGUAAUGGAGUUCAACAUUCACGCCAAGGCCUCAUGGCAACUGUUCUUAAUUAUACUUGCAGUAUGAAAGUUUUACUGAAAGUGGAACAUUUUGGUGUUUCUCAUUCAAUGAGAAGAGCCGUUUCGACGAGAAUGGUUGCGGGAAUGUGGUGGUUUUUCACGCUUAUAAUGAUAUCGUCGUACACGGCAAAUUUGGCAGCCUUUCUUACUGUUGAACGUAUGGAUUCUCCAAUCGAGAGUGCAGAAGACUUAGCGAAACAAACUAAAAUUAAAUAUGGCGCUUUAAAGGGCGGUUCAACGGCCUCAUUUUUUAGAGAAUCCAAUUUUACUACGUACGAACGAAUGUGGUCUUUUAUGGAGACUACGAGACCCUCUGUGUUUACAUCUACGAAUAACGAAGGUGUCGAACGUGUCCUUAAAGGAAAAGGCAAUUACGCAUACCUCAUGGAGUCGACUACAAUAGAAUACGUAAUAGAAAGAAAGUGUGAACUAACACGUAUCGGCGGCCUUCUCGACUCGAAAGGUUACGGAAUUGCUAUGCCACCUAAUUCGCCUUUUCGAACAGCCAUAAGUGGGGCAAUUUUAAAAUUGCAAGAGGAAGGCACACUACUUAUGCUUAAAACCAGAUGGUGGAAGGAGAAAAGAGGCGGGGGUGCUUGCAAUGAUGAAACAACAAAAACCAGCAGCACAGCGAACGCUUUGGGACUAGCAAACAUUGGCGGCGUCUUUGUCGUUCUCAUGGGAGGUAUGGGAAUCGCAUGCGUCAUUGCCGUUUGCGAAUUUGUGUGGAAAUCCCGAAAAGUUGCCGUGGAAGAGCGGAGUUCGUUAUGUGCUGAAAUGGCAUCCGAAUUACGUUUCGCACUACGAUGCCACGGUUCAUCUAAACCUCUCCGUAUCAAGACUAAAUCAAGCGGUACCAAUACGGGAUUUGAGGAAAACCGCUUGCCGCAACUUGGCUCUUAUCCUGCCUAUGGUUUUGUUAUAGAUAAGGAACCACUUAGUUAAAUUUAUUGGGAAGUUAAUUAAUUCAAAUUUUGUCUAAAAAAUCUUUUACGCAGAUAGGUACCUACAUGUUUUCCUCAUUGUUAAAAUAUUUUAUAGUUUAAGGCUGAUAAUAUACAUUUUGUACAUAAUCUAAACUUGUACAUAUAAAUAUAGUUAACAGUGUUAAUAAUUUAGGAUUUUUACGAUUUUUGUGUUCAAGAAAAAUGGAGGAGUGUUUUCUGUUGUUCACUAUAUAAAUGUUGGUUAUAGAUUAUAUUUAAGAACAGUCAGUACGACUAAUUUCCAUAAACACAAACUAAGCUGUAUGUCGUCCAAUUGCUAAGUCCAAAUCAAGCUCAUCCACACUUCGAGGCAGCGUAUGGAUGUGUUUGGUUUAUACAUAUCCACUACAUUUUGUAAAUACUUCAUUAUAGAAUGUUUGUGUGCUAUGAGACCUUUGUAAGAUUAAUCAUAACACUUUCUAUUUGUGCAUAAAAAUAAAAUAAAUACGUUUCGUUUUCA